AUGUCUCCCCCGGCCGCCGUCUCUCCCAACCAGAGGGUUGCUGAGCUCGCAACGCCAGCGUCCAAGCUCGCCGUCCAGAAUGUCUCCAACAGCGCCCAGACGAUUGAAGAAAUGAUGGGCCAGUGGGACAGCUUCAAGUUUGCUCCCAUCCGUGAGAGUCAGGUCUCGCGCGCAAUGACGCGCCGAUACUUCAGGGACCUCGACACCUAUGCCGAGUCCGACAUCGUCAUUAUUGGUGCCGGGUCGUGCGGUCUCAGCGCCGCCUAUGUCCUGGGCAAGCAGCGUCCCGACUUGAAGAUUUGCAUCAUCGAGGCCUCCGUCUCCCCCGGCGGCGGCGCCUGGCUGGGUGGACAGCUCUUCUCCGCCAUGGUCAUGAGGAAGCCAGCCGAUGCUUUCCUCCGCGAGAUUGGCGUCCCCUAUGAAGACGAGGGCAACUACGUGGUCGUCAAGCACGCUGCGCUCUUCACCUCCACAAUCAUGUCCAAGGUCCUGUCUCUGCCCAACGUCAAGAUGUUCAACGCCACCUGCGUCGAGGACCUCAUCACCCGUCCGUCCGAUGAGGGCGUCAGAAUUGCCGGUGUCGUCACCAACUGGACCUUGGUCUCCAUGCACCAUGACGACCAGUCUUGCAUGGACCCCAACACCAUCAACGCCCCUCUCAUCAUCUCCACUACCGGCCACGACGGUCCCAUGGGUGCCUUUUGCGUCAAGCGUCUCGUCAGCAUGCAGCGGAUCGAGAAGCUCGGCGGCAUGCGGGGUCUUGAUAUGAACUCGGCCGAGGACGCCAUCGUCAAGAACACCCGUGAGAUUGUCCCUGGUCUCAUUGUUGGAGGCAUGGAGCUUUCCGAAGUCGACGGUGCCAACCGCAUGGGCCCUACAUUUGGCGCCAUGGCUCUCAGUGGUCUCAAGGCUGCCGAGGAGGCACUCAAGGUCUUCGAUCUCCGCGCCAAACAGAAUGCCAUCUAG